AAAAGAGGGGGUGGGGGGGGCACGGAGCCGAGGAUUCACUCCAGAUCUUGGGGAUUUUUGAGUCUCUCACUGUGGAAUGUCUUCUCUACAUUUAAAGUGAGUGUAAGAUUUAACUCAUUGAAUUAUCACAUAUUCAGCCGGGCAGAUUGCUUCCAAGACAAGUUUUUGAAACGUUUCUGCAAAAUGAGAGCACUGUGUUUGAACUUUGCCAUCACCUGUCUGUGGCUUCUACCUUCAGCGGUCCAAGAAACAGCCAGGCCCUUAGAUUUUCGGAGCCAACAAUGGAGUGAGGAGGAAGGAGAAACAGGAGACACUGUGGGAACUGCUUUGAAAGUUAAACAUAUCUUCAAAAAUUUACAGGUCAUCUCCACCAAACAAAAAACCCCUGCUUACGGCUCUCUUGGUCCAUACGGUUGGCCUCAGAACGUCUCCCAAGCCCAGGAUCAGUAUAUGUACCGCCCUCCUCCUAAAUCCAAACCUUCUCUUAAAACAUCCCCAAAGGCCAAGAAGAUCCUGGGUUGGGGUGAUUUUUACUUUAAUGUGAAAACAGUGAAGUUCAGCCUUCUGGUGACGGGGAAAAUCGUGGACCACAUCAAUGGCACGUUCAGCGUCUAUUUCCGCCACAACUCAUCUCGCCUGGGGAACAUAUCCGUCAGCAUCAUCCCGCCCUCCAAAGCUGUAGGAUGGGAGGUUUUGGACCCGACAGCUCAAAGCGUUCAUACAAAAAACUCAGUCCUGGUUCCCGAUCUGCCAUCCCAGUUCCAGAGCCCACCUCAGUCCACCACCUCUACUCCUCCAGACCAGCAGAAGCAGGACACGGUGAUGGUUAAUGAACUCAACUGCCGGAUUGAAUACCAGAGAACCAACCGAUCCAAGAAGACCAAGCCCUGCAUGUAUGACCCAGGGCAGACCUGUUACUCAGAAAACACCCAGUCCCAGGCUGCCUGGAUCUGCGCCAAGCCCUUUAAGGUUAUAUGCAUCUUCAUCGCCUUCACCGGCACCGAUUACAGGCUGGUGCAGAAAAUCUGUCCGGACCACAACUUUUAGACAAAGCAGAACCAGCAGCACUUCGGAUGAUGUGUUCUGAGAUAUCAGACACUGACUUUUCAUACAUCUUUUAAAAUCAUAUGUUAAUUUUUUUUCUAUAGGUUUGAGAAUGACUGUUUUUAUACGGUGUUAAAGUGCAGUUGUAGCUUUCUGUAAAUGAGAUCCAAUAACUGAGUGUUAAUAUUGUCAGAAACUAUGCUCAUCUGCCUAAAGCUCCACAUUGUCUUGAAAAAAACAGUGACUUGAUCCACAAUGUCACUUUGUGUGUGGUGUUUUUGUUUACCGAAUGUGCACUGAUAGAAGUGAUGACUUUAAAUCCAUAUUUUGAUAUUUGAUAUUUAAAAUGUGAUUUAACUCAUGAAUAAUAGAAUCAUCUGUACCUUUUGAAACACAGACUUUGAAUUCUUUUUUAUUGGGCCUGUAAAUGUAUUCUUUGCCUGUUCAUUGUACAGUGAUUGUGAUUAAUUACAUGUUUCUCUUCUAAGAACUGACACAGAGUGAGAUGAUUUACUGUUACAGUUACCUUAAUCACUGACACAAUACAUGUCCUUGGCUUUCCUCCAGCACUGAUUUUACUCUCACUUUGUACCUUGAAAAAAGUUCUAUUUUCCCGGCGUUCAGCGUUCACAGACAUGCUUUCUCUCUCAUUACGGCAAACAAUACAGCCCCUCUUCCUCAGGGUUUCAGGAUGUUUGGGCCGAGAGGGGCCGGUCACGGUGGAGUGGUGCAGGCAAGGUCUCAGCAGUACCGGAGGCUGGACUGGACAGGAGAGCCUGGAUGGGACGACCCAGAGAUGUGGAGCCUCUUCAUGCAGCUGAAUGACAGGUAGUGUCGGGGACUGGAGCUCAUCGCAUUAGAGAGCUUCUGCGGCCAUGCAGCACUCGAGGCCCGGGGCUCCUGCUGAACAACAAAUAUUCUGAGGGAUACCCAGGACGCAGGUACC